AUGAGUGAUGCCCAAGAUCCUGCCACAAUCCCUGCGGUUGGCACUCAGGUGAAGCUGAGGGGCUGGAGCCGUCAAGGGGAGGGGGGUGAGUCUUUCCAUUUCCGCCGGCACGAGGAGCUCCAGGCCUUCCUCAGCCUUCUGGAGCACAGUUUCCUCCAGGAUUUCCUCUCCAAAGAUCCCUGUUUCCAGAUUUCAGAUAAGUAUCUCCUGGCCAUGGUGCUGGUCUACUUCCGGCGCGCCAACCUGCAGCUCAGCGAGUACACCCACAGCAAUCUGUUCCUGGCACUGUACCUUGCAAAUGACAUGGAGGAAGACCUGGAGGACCCCAAAAGCGUGAUUUUUCUGUGGGCCCUGGGCCAAGAUUGGCAUCAUCGAGUGUCAGACUUCCUGUGUCAGAGGGACAAGCUAUGGGCACGGAUGGGCUUCAGGGCCGUGGUGAGACGCCAGAGCUGCGAGGAGGUCAUGGCCAAGGAGCCGACCCACUGGGCCUGGACUCGGGAGAGGCAUCCCCACCACGGCAGGGCUCAGAGGAGCUACCCAAAGGCCCAGAUCCCCCUCCCCCGGGGCCCCGGCCUCUCGCCACCCCACUGUCCCCUGUGUGGCUUGCCCCCUUGCCACAGCCACCGCUGCCACCACCCCUGCCCCUUGCCUGUCAUAUCCAAGUGCCCUUCCCAAAACCCUGAGCGGCACCGCCCUCCCUCCCAAGCUUGUCUCUCAGUGGCUGGAGACUCCUGGAGUGGGGCCUUCCUCAUUGUCCUGCCCACCCAGCUGCAACUGGAGCCAGGCACCUACACCCUCCACAUCUUCUCAAAGCUGCUGCCAUGCCCUCGGCGCUGACACUCGCAGGGUGAAGAACAGCCCGUCUGCUCGCCUGCUGACCCAGUGCUCUACUGGCUGGGGCCCCUCCGGCCUCCUGUCUACUUGGCCUCAGGCUGGCAGGGCUGCCCAUGCCCCCUGCCCCUUCCUCCCAACCUGCAACUUGUACGCACUCUGACCUGACUCCUCAAGUAAAUUCAUGUCCACAGGACACCAACUGUGCUUAGGCCCUAGUCUGGGUCCCUGACCCAGGGUGGGGGUAGGGAGGGAGCUACCGGGAGAGGGGCAUCUGCCAGGUUUAGGUACCAGUGGUUGGAAACCCAUGAGCACAGGUCCUGUAAUAGCUCCUCUCCUCCCAUUCGUGACCAGUCAUCCUGAGCCUGUUUCCCCUUUUUAACAUCCAUGUGGAUGGUGAGAUCCACACAGUGCAGAUGGGACUAAAUGAGAUGAGGUAUAUGCAGUCCUUAGAAAAGGGUCUGGAACCUACUGGACAAAAAAAUGCUCAGAAGGAAAACGGUUCCAUUGUCAGUCUAGAAAUGCCUGCAGGGUCAGGUCUAUUUAGGAAUGAGCCUUGGUCCUUGCUCUGGGCGGCAAUCGAAUAUAAUGUAAUUAUUAUAAUACAAGACCCCCUCUCCCUUCCCCAAAGUAAGUUUGUUAAUUGGGGAGCAGGGAAGACUCACCCGAGGAGCUGGCAUUUGAACGGGGCCUUGAACAAUGUCAGGUUUGCCCGUGCUCGGGUGGUGGUGUUGGGGUGCUGGUGGUGAGGAACAGUGUUCUUGGAAAGACAGUCCAGAGUAGUGAUUAAGACUUGGUCUCUGGUGCCAGACAGCUUAAGUUCAAAGUCCAGGUUUAUGUGUGACUUUAGCCUGUUAUUUAAUCUCCUCUACUGCCUCAUCUGUAAAAUGGGUAUUACACUAAAAAGGGUGUCGGUUGAGAUUUGAAUGAGUUAAUCCUAGAAGGGUUUAGAACUACGUUUCAAGAGUAGAGCUCAAAUGUGGGUGUUACUAGUAGAGGGAACUGCUGCCCAGAGAAAGGCUAGAGGGGAAUGUACGUUUGGGGAGCGGCCGGAACACAAGACAGAGAAGUCUAAAGGGUCAGGUGGCAGAGGAAUCUGGACGUGAUUCCCCUGCCUCUCUAUGAGUGGCUCCCAAGAAGUAAGGAGGUAAAGCCUGGAGACUGCGACCAUUAGAAGCCAUGACAAGGACUGUAAAGUAUUUGUAAGAGUUUUUCAAAUAGGUAAUAUAUUCACAUGUAUGUUUUGAAUUUUGCACCAAGUGUCACCUUCUACCCCUGACUCCCAGCCAUCUGG